ACAAAGAAACAGAGCGUGCGUUCCCCUUCUUCUCUCUUCUUCACUCUCUCACUCUCUCUCUCUCUUAAUCAUUCCUCACCAGACUCCCAACACUAUCAUUCCCUUCUUCCUCUAUAAAGAAUCAUCACUUCUUCUCUUCUCAUGGAUCCUUGGAACUUUAACGAACCUAAUUUAGACCUCCACCACCACUACCGUCUCCGCAACCAUCGUCAUCCUUCUUUCUCCUCUUCUCUCCUCGACCAAAUCUACCGCUCCAUCGACGACACUUCCUCUUCCACUGACCUCUCCUCCAUGAGAAAGACCAAGCACCAUCAGAGCCGCGAUGACACGUCUCGCGUUCCUUCUUCUUCCAACCGCCGCACUACCGCCGACGAUUUCAUCAGAUCCAAGAAUCUUAAAAAACCUGUUUUCUUCAAGCACUCCUCUACUACUACGUCAAGCUCCUCCGACUCUAGCGGCGGCUUCUCCUCUUCCGAGUCUGAGUCUUUCUACAGACGAUCUAAGUCCUCUCCCGCUCUUUCUCAUCCCAAACCCAUUCGAACCACCGUCGAACGAUCUCCUCAGGCUCACCGACCUAACAGCACUAAUAAACAAGAACAUGGGAGCUUCCUCAAAACGAAAUCAAAAGCUUUGAAGAUCUACACCGAUUUGAAGAAAGUCAAACAACCCAUUUCCCCCGGCGGUCGUCUCGCCACUUUUCUCAACUCCAUUUUCACCGGCGCCGGAAACACCAAGAAGCUUAAUAAAAUCAACACUUCCACCGUCAACAACUCCACAGCCGCGGCGCCAUCUACAACCACCACGUGCUCCUCCGCGUCCUCAUUCUCCAGAUCUUGCUUGAGUAAAACUCCGUCUUCCAGCGAGAAAUCUAAACGGUCCGUACGGUUUUGUCCCGUCAACGUCAUCUUCGACGAAGACUCCUCCAACGCCAAGUACAAGAACAACAACAACAGCAAAUUGUACGGAAACAACGAACGUGAAUAUGAAUCCAGCACUCGCUCCCAUCAUCAUCAUCAUCAAAACUUUGAUACUCUAGAGAUCCGAGUCAUGGAAGAGAACCGUCGUAUAAUAGAAGCAGCUAAAGAACUCAUGAGAACGUACCAGAAGAAACAUGAUCAAGAAGAUGAAGAGGAGGAGGAGGAUGAUGCGUUGAGUUGCACGAGCUCUGAUCUGUUCGAAUUGGAUAACUUAUCGGCUAUAGGAAUCGAUAGUAGGUAUCGAGAAGAGCUUCCAGUUUACGAAACCACUCGGUUAAACACGACUCGUAUUGUUUCACGAUGAUUAAUAAUAGUUACAAUUUAAUUACUUUCAUUUAAUUUGGGGUGGAUUAAUAUAAUUAUUAAAGCAUUUUCUGAGUGAGAGAGGUUAUAUCA